AUGGUGGAAUUGAGCGAGUUUGUUGAUGAGAUAUUGCCGGGAACGUUGCUUCUUUAUAAUUCGACCGUGAACGAAGUGGUUGAGAAUGCGAUCGAAACUUUGAUUUGUGUGACCAAGAGUCUCGAUCAAAAGCAGCAAAUCAGCGCCAUUUUAACACUGAGACAAUCACUGAAUUCACUUGAAACGCAUGCAAACGGCAGCAGUAUACCGGGCAUGUUGCAUCCGAAGGGACUUCAACCUCUACUACCAAUCCUUCGUGAAGGGAUCUUAUCGGGAGGUGUCGAGAUGAAAGAAAUCGCUGGUGAAACGUUGGGCAGUGUUGUGUCGAUGAGUUCGGCGGUCUCGCUGAAAUCGCAUGUGGUCAACGUGACUGGUCCGUUGAUACGUGUGCUUGGCGAUCGUUAUCCUCCAUCCGUUAAACUUUCGAUAUUGUGGACAUUGGCACAGCUCCUUGAUAAGGUUUUUUUUGAGAGAAUUUCAUUUUCAUUAUUAUUGUUGUGA